UGACGGCUCAUGGAAGGUUGGACAUCUGACUUUUUGUCAAAAAUGCCUUUCUGACGUGAUUUGCCGAUAAAAUAAUUUGAAAUAAUACAUUUUUAUAAACAUGGGUGGUUCUCAAAGCGUUAGAAAAUUGAGUGUUGACAAUGAAAAUGCUAUACAAGUAUCUCAAGAAGCCUUAGAUCGCAUACAAGCGCAGUUAAACGCUAAACAAGCUGAACAGCCUGCAUCUCGACCUCAAUAUGCCCCUCCUCCUUAUUACGACACACAUAAACAAAACGAAUAUGCAGCUGAAGAAGCAUACUGGGCUCGACGUAUAGAAAACUUAAAACGUGCUCAUGAAAAGAUUAAUAGCGGUAUGCAUUUGGAAUACCAAAAAACUCUUAAAGAAGCAAAUGAUUUGUUUGAUCUAGUUCAAGCAGACAAAGUUGUUAAUAAGUUACCACCUUGUCAACAAGAAAAAGGAAAGAUGCUAGAGUGCUACAGCUCAAAUCCUGACAAGUCACUUCUGUGUUCAGUGCUAGUGAAUGAAUUUAAUGACUGUGUAUGCAGAAGCAGAAUUGCUGCAGUUUCAGCGUCAUCCUGAGCUAUAGGACUUGUAUAUAAAUUCUAGAAAAAGGUCAAAAAGCAUGCAAAAUUGUUUCAACCACUUUCAUUGCCAGAGGCCCUGUGAAGUAGAGUUAAUAAUAUUAUUGCUGUAUGAAUAAAUUGUUAAUCUAAAGUG